GGCGAGUGCCUUACCUUCCAGCGCCCGGUCACUGGGCCUAGGGAGCCGAACAGGAGGGGGAGGUGACGCAGGAGCAGGGAAGCCAAGGAAGCGCAGUCGUACACAGUGUAAUAGUAAUGGGUGCAACAUGUCCGCCGAUCCCAGUAGCUAUGGUGGUUAUGGAGGAGGACAGCAGCAACAAAGCUAUCCUGGAUAUGGGAGUCAAGGCAACCAAAACUCUGGACAACCUUCACAAAUUUAUUCUGGCUAUGGGCAGACAGCAGAACAGUCAUCCUAUGGAGGCUACAGUUCUGGCUAUGGACAAGGUCAUUCAGGAUUGGCACAGCCAUUGCAAGGCCAGAGCAGCACUGGCCAUGAUAACCAACAAUCCUAUGGAAAUUAUGGGCAGCAGGGUGCAGAUUCACGAGGAGGGUAUGGAGGAAGAUUUGACACCCAAUCAAGUGGGCAACAGCAACAAGACUCUUAUGACCAGCAUGGUUAUGGUCAGAAGCAGAGAAUAGGCUAUGGGGAGACACCACAGCAAGGAUCCCUUGACCAGCCAGGACAUGGGCAGAAACCAAGAUCAGGCUAUGGGGAGCAGCCCCAGCAAGGACCCUAUGAUCAGCCUGGAUAUGGUCAGAAAGAGCGACCAGGAUAUGGAGAGCAACCACAGCAAGGAUCAUCUGACCAGCCAGGAUAUGGUCAGAAGCAAUCUCAGCAAGGACGCUAUGACCAGACUGGGGGAUUUGAGCAGCAGUCUUACCAGUCACGAAAAGAAGGCUAUGGUCAUUCCCAUCAAGAAGAUGAUCGUCGGGACUCAGGCAGGUAUGGUGGUGACCGAGGUUAUGGCGGGGCCCAGGGAUUUGGUGGUGGUCGAGGACGUGGCGGUUUCGAUUCAGAGAGGAGGGGCUACCAAGGUGGCAUGAGCGGUGGUGAUCGAGGUGGCUCCAAAAAUUUUGGUGGUCCCAGAGAUUAUGGAAGCAAACAGGAUAAUGAUGAUCAGGAUAACUCUGAUAAUAACACCAUAUUUGUCCAAGGCAUGGGUGAAGAUGCUACACAAGAUCAAAUUUCUGACUACUUCAAGCAGAUUGGCAUUAUUAAGAUAAACAAAAAGACUGGAAAACCAAUGAUAAAUCUUUACACAGAUAAAGAGACAGGCAAAUCAAAAGGAGAAGCCACAGUCUCCUUUGAUGAUCCUCCAUCAGCCAAAGCAGCAAUUGAAUGGUUUGAUGGUAAAAUGUUUCUUGACAAUGUUAUUAAAGUUUCCUUUGCAACUCGGAGGCCAGAGUUCAUGAGAGGUGGUGCUGGUGGUGGAGGAGGAGCAGGAGGAGGAGGUGGAAGACGUGGAGGUGGUCACAGAGGCGGUGGCUUUGGAGGCCGUGGCUCUUACAGAGGUGGCGGUGGUGGUCCUCAGAAUGGUGACUGGGUUUGUCCAAAUCCCUCCUGUGGUAAUGUCAACUUUGCAAGGAGAGACUCUUGUAACCAGUGCAGUGAGCCCAGACCAGAAGACUCAAGACAUGGUGGAGAUCGAGGACGAGGAGGCUAUGGAGGUGAUAGAGGGUUUAGAGGACGUGGAAGGGGAGGUGGCGGAUUUGGGGGUAAAAUGGGUGGCCGGAAUGACUUCAGAAGUGAUCAACGUAACAGACCUUAUUGAAGCUCAUCAAUCGUCUCUUGCUUUACAAGUGAUCUCCAUAUGUUUAGAGUUAUGUCAUAUGCUUCAUACUUGAUUUGUUUUGUUUUUGACUUCCCCUAAAAUGUGAGAACAUUUUUUUUCUUUUGAGUGUUCUAAAAAUGUAACAGAUUUACAGAGCUCUGCCCCUAAUUUCAUCAAUUUGACCAAUGUGAAAAAUGCCAAAAGAUGUUUUGUAAUACAAUAAAUAAGAAUUGUUUUUAUUUA